CCUACCUCCAUUCCCUCCAAGAUUCCUCUCGACCCCAAAGCGCAAAGCUCCGCCAUCGGGUCCUGCAAAGAGCUUUCGCCCUUCGUCCCCGCUCGUUUUCGGCCGUGUUCUGCCGAAUGACAGGUGGUUCGCAAGUCCUGCUGAAGCCGUCCGAGCCUGAAUCAGUGCCAGAAUUCACCUGACGCAGUUUGGGUGCUCUUGGCUAAUCGAUAAGACGUGUUCGACGAUACAUAUGUGUCAGGGGCUCUGAUGGAGAGAAUCGGGCAGUUUUGAUUUUUAUGCGCUAUUGCAGGAAGUCGAAGGGGCUUUCCUGCUGCAGACACGGUCUGGGUUUUGGGUUGUUAUCGAGGUCUGGGGCUUGCGUUUCGAACACGUGCGUUUCAAAAUUUUGAUUUUUUUUUGGAAAAUUGUAAAGAGGGUGUGCGGAGGAGGGGUGGAGGUAAAGUUGUAAAGGGGGAGUUUUUGAUUUUUGAAAACCGGAAAUGGAUUUCGAUAAGUCGCUCUGUGGAUAGCCCCCAUCUCCAUCAACACAUCAAUGACUUAACCCCAAACCACCCCCAAUGAAUAAAUUACCAAACUCGGACUGUAAUGGACCAAUCCAAAUGAGUGAAGUGUCUGUGAUAGACAACAAACCCUGGAAAUGCUCGGAAGCCAACAACGGCUACUUAAAGCAAAAAAGCGGCCCUGAGGAGUCGCUUCUCGGCUCGACGGCCGUAACGACCGUCGUCCAGGUCUCCGGAAGCGGAACCAAAACGAUGGUACUUCCCCGGAGCAAACAAGCUAAAGAGAAAUGCCUUGUAGCUGCAGUCUUCGCACUGAUCAUAUUUUCUCUAGUGUUAUUGUUUAUUGUGGUGAGCACCAGGAAUCAUCAGUGCGUAGAUAGCAGAAGUAGUGUCUGUCUGACGGAGGAAUGCGUAAGAACAGCGUCGUCCCUUCUGGGGGCCAUGGAUCACGCGGCGGACCCCUGCGUGGACUUCUUCCAAUAUGCUUGCGGCACGUGGAACAAGAAGCACGUCAUACCGGAGGACCGGAGCUCGAUCAGCACGUUCGAGGUGAUGGCGGACCAGUUACAGGUCAUUCUUAAGGGGGUGUUGGAGGAGCCCAUCAAUUUGGAGGAUAACGAGGCCACGAGGAAAGCCAAGACGUUCUACAACACGUGCAUGGACAUUCCCCAGAUUCGGAAGAUUGGCGACGCUCCGCUCCGGGACGUUCUGGAGCAACUAGGCGGAUGGCCCGUGACCAAGCCCGACUGGGAGCCCCCCAGCUUCUCCAUCGAGGUGCUCCUCGGCCGCAUCCGCGGCAUCUACAACGACGGAGUCCUGGUGGAGCAGUGGGUCGGUCCCGACGACAAAAACAGCUCAGUUAACAUCAUCCAGAUGGACCAGAUGCAGCUGGGGCUACCCAGCCGGGACUACUACCUGAAGGCCAGCAGCGAGGGCGACAUGGCGGCGUACCACAAGUACAUGACCAACAUCGCGGUACUCCUAGGGGCCAACAAGACCACGGCGAAGGAGGAGCUCCAGGAGGUCGUCGAUUUCGAGAGGAGGCUGGCUAAUGCUUCGUUGCCCGAGGCGGACCGGCACGACACCAGUGCAAUCUACAGGAAAUUAACACUGCAGGAAUUGCAAACGAUCGUGCCUCAAAUUAAAUGGCUCGAAUACCUGAGUUCCUUCCUCGACGCCGAUAUUAACGAGCAGGAGCCCGUCGUCGCCUACGGACUCUCAUAUUUCAUCGAAAUGGGGAAAAUUCUUGCCGAGACGGAUCGCAGGGUGGUGCACAACUACGUGCUGUGGCGGCUGAUCAUGUCGCUGGUGCCUCACAUGAUCGAUGACUACCAGAAGGAGCGCGUCGAGUUCCGGAAGAUCCUCCAGGGGGUGUUGAGCGAGCGCCACCGAUGGUCCCAGUGCGUCGAGUGGACGAAUAAGAAGCUGGGGAUGGCGGUGGGGGCGCUUUUCAUACGGGAUAACUUCAACCACGACAGCAAAGAGACGGCGCUGACGAUGAUCCACACGAUCCGGGAGGCCUUUAAUGAGCUCCUGGCGGAGAACGAUUGGAUGGACGAUGAAACGAGAGCGGUAGCGAAGGAAAAAGCGGACGCGAUGAACGAGAGAAUCGGAUACCCGCAGCUAAUCACCAACAAGGAAGAACUAGUAAAAGAAUACGCUUCCUUAAACAUCACGCGAAAAGAGUUCAUGACGAACGUCCUCAAUAUUUUGAAAUACGACGCGGAACAAAACCUACAGAAGCUGCGACAACCGGUUGAUAAAGAUAAAUGGUCGACUGAACCAGCGGUUGUCAAUGCCUUCUACAAUCCCAACAAAAACGACAUCGUGUUUCCUGCGGGCAUUUUGCAGCCGCUUUUCUACAGCCAGCACUUCCCCAAGUCGCUGAAUUACGGCGGUAUUGGCGUGGUUAUCGGCCACGAGAUCACCCACGGUUUCGACGAUAAAGGCCGCCAGUUCGACAAGGAUGGUAAUAUGAUGCAAUGGUGGAACAACGCCACCAUCAGGGCGUUCCGGGAAAGGACCCAAUGCAUAAUUGACCAGUACUCGAGAUACAAGAUUGAUGAAGUAGGCCUCUAUGUAAACGGGCGGAUGACCCAAGGCGAGAACAUCGCCGACAACGGCGGUUUAAAACAGUCGUUUCGGGCGUACCGGAAAUGGGUUUCGCAGUACGGCGAGGAGCCGGAUCUGCCCGGGCUCAAUCUAACCCACGACCAGCUCUUCUUCCUCAACUACGCCCAGAUCUGGUGCGGCUCCAUGCGCCCGGAGGACGCUCUAACUAAGGUUAGGUCCAGCGUGCACUCGCCCGGGCCCAUCAGGGUCCUGGGACCGCUUUCCAACUCCUGGGAUUUCGCCAAAGCUUACGGUUGUCCGCUGGGAUCGCCGAUGAACCCGACUAAUAAAUGUAGCGUUUGGUAAAUAAAAAGGACCAUCGUUUGUUUGCGGUUAAAUGUGAUUUUUUCAAAGCUACAGCAGUUAUUUGUCAAGUGUCUCGUUGUAAUUUUAAGGUUUAACUUCAUGAUUCUACUAAUUGAUAUCUUUCGGCUGCUAGGCCAUACCUUGUGCAAUGUAAAUAAAUAAAUAAAUACUAAAUGAUUGUUUUGUAAGAUGUGGCGCAAGUUUUCAUGCAAGGUUUCGUAUUUCAAACAAGUUCUGGACUAAUAUACAAAUCAUGUAUUUUCACAUUAUUACUUGGUGUACUAUUUAUUAAUAAAUAUUAUUCAAAAGA